CUUUCAUUGGCGUGUUUCGUUCACUGAGUUCAUUGCUCUCCGAUUUCAUCAAACUGCUUUUUCUGUUAUCCCGAGAAAAUGAAAUCUGGAUGCUUUUGUUCUCCAUUUUCUGAUUUUGCUUCUUGUUUUCUCCAAAUAAUCGAGUCAAAAUCGCAAAUUUGGAUUGUUUAUGCGAAAUCUAUGGAAAUUUCAGGUGGAAAAAUCGCAUUUUUGUCAACAUCUGAAGAAGCUCAUAGAGAAAAAUCAUCAUCGAGGAAGAUGAGCCAUUCUCAGAACCCAUCUUUUGUCUUUGCCAUUCGAGACUUCCCACCAGGCUGUGGAACUCACAUUGAUGUUUCAUCAAGUUUUAAUCUUCCAGCUGACAAGGCCUUCAAGAAUCCAAAAACUGGUGAUGUUUCUGGCAAGAAUCCAGCUCCUAAACCUCAAGGAAUUUGUCUCAAACGAGAACCAGCAGCUUAUCAGGAUCAUAUCAAGCGAGAACCAGCAUAUGAGUAUCAUGUUGUUGCAGCUCCUACAGUGCCUUAUGCAACAACUUCAUCUCACAGACAAGAACUGGAGAUCAGAAACUCUGGUUCUGCUCCUACUCCUCGUGAGAAAGUGCUUGAAGUAUUGAGACUUUUCAAACAAGUAUACAAACAGUUGGAUCGAGAUAAAAAAGCAAGACGCGGAGGAGAUUUGUUGGAUGCAACAAGAAGAAUCGACAUCAAAGCACUAAAUGUCUUAGAGAGUAUGGGGAAGCAAGUGAACAUAGAGAAGAGAAUUGGAACAGUCCCCGGGAUAGAGGUUGGGGAUGUGUUUCAGUACAAGACCGAACUCCGUGCUGUCGGACUUCACUCCAAGACAAUGUGCGGGAUCGAUUACAUGAAGAUCGGAGAGGUUAGGAUCGCGACAAGCAUAGUUGCAACAGAAGGGUAUGGCUACAACGAUACAUUCAACUCUGGUGUGAUGGUUUACACAGGUGAAGGAGGUAAUGUAAUCAGCAAGGAAAAGAAGACUGAAGAUCAGAAAUUGGUCAAGGGAAACUUAGCUUUGGCUACUAGUAUGAGGCAAAAGAGUCUAGUGAGAGUGAUACGCGGAGAAGAGAGAUGGGAUCAUAAAGGGAAACGUUAUGUGUACGAUGGAUUGUAUAUGGUUGAAGAAUAUUGGGCUGAGAGAGAUGUUAGAGGUAAGACUGUGUAUAAGUUUAAGCUUUGUAGAAUUCCUGAUCAACCUCCAUUGACUUGAUAUUAGUAUUGUUCAUAUUAGUAUUCCUGGUCAGAUAAAUGGAAAACAAAUCAGGUUUUCUUCA